AUGAGCUUCUUCAUUCUUUUCACAAUAAUCACUUUUUCGCUCGCAGUCCGGGGCGGCCUCCAGCUCGAUUAUGCUGACGUACCUGCCCCAUGCGUCGAUACCUGCCGGCCUGUCGCAGAGAUCAGCGGCAUCUGCGACGUCGACGCCGAUUUUGACGAUAACAACGAAGAGGUAGAAGACCUCAUGAAACUUCAGUGCAUGUGCGCCAAUCAGAGCUUUGAUGUCGGGGGCGCCACGGCGCUUUGCGCAAGCUGCAUCGAUCAGAAGGGGUUGCCCAGUGACAAGGCCGACAACAUGGACGACAUUAACGAGAUCAUGGCCCGCUGUGGCUUCAAGAGCUUAACUUGGACGCCAGAUGCUGCAAAAACGGCGCCUGCAGUCGCCAACGUCAGCGUUAGUGCCUCCAGAUUGACAGCGUCCUCUCAGAUCACAACGACGAUAGACUUCGCACCCCGGCCGACCAUAUAUGCCAAGGGAGGCGAGCUCGAAGGCAGCGUGGCGGAACGGAAAGGACCCCAACAGAGAUUAUCAACGACAUUGAACCAAGGCCCACUCAUAUCACAAGCUAUCUUUUGGUUCUACGCAAGCGCAUACCGCAGCUACGGUAUAGUCACGGAGCUGCAUGAGGAGAUCGGUUCACAUAGCAUGACCGGUAUAUUCAGAAGACCAAGAAGGCAAGAAGAAAUACGGUCAAGGCAGUCUCGCGCGUAA